ACAUUUUCCUAUUUUACUCGACUCCGUGCAGUAUUACGUAACAUUAACGCGCCUGGAGUCGGAUUUAACUAUCACGUUUGAUACCAGUGGUCAAUCCAGAGAGGCUUUUUUGACUUCAAGAAUAUCGUGCGGGUCACAAACACCCUUCCCCGGGGUAUGUCUCUGGAUCUCCCACUAUAUGAAGGACCAAACAAUAAUAUACUAUUCAGCCGACCGUAGCCUUGACCCUCGCACAGAAGAAAGUCCUGCCUUGUGGGUGAUUUAUGUACCGUGUCAGGCCAUACCAGUACCCAUUAGGUAGAGCUAACACGAGAACGUGUACCCAACCCUGGCAGUGUAAACAUCCCUGUUGAUUUAUGGUGACACUUAGAGUUGUCAUACACUGACCGCUCGUCAAUGUAAAUUGUAUCAGCGUCCACAUCUACUGAGGGAGACGACUUAGAAUCUUGUCGAGCUCAACAGUCAUGUGGACCAGUACAACAUCCAUGAGAAGUUGUGAAUCCAAAUGGCAGAGCUUACCGAAUUCACCAAGUCUUCAUGUGGCAUAGAUGAUCACAACCGAGACGAGUGCAACAUUCAUCUUUCCGAUCCUUCAAACAAUGUGGGGGAUGUAUUUGCAACUGGUCCAAUGAUCUCGAACGGAGUGUCAACAUCGAAAAAGUCCGGAAAGGCUCGUUACGUCGGUUUGGAGUAUGGAGUUGACGAUCUCCCUGCCUUGCAUAUGUGUUUCAUUUUCGGCCUUCAGCAAGUGCUUCUGGCUAUCAGCUCCACCAUCUCUAUUCCUCUCAUCGUGAGCGACAAAAUCUGUGCAGGUGACUUACAGGUUGUCAAGUCGGAGAUCAUGUCGACCUUUCUCUUCAUGUGUGGCAUAUGUACCAUACUACAGGUGGUCGUAGGAGUCAGACUCCCUAUCAUCCAGGGUGGAUGUCACAAAUUCAUACCCGCCAUCACUGCCCUACUUGCUCUCGAAAAGUGGAAGUGCCCGGAUUUUGAUACGUCAGCUGCAGAUGUUUAUGGCGUUAUGAAUGCCACGCUUAACGAGACUGUGCUGGAUAGGACAGAGAUAUGGCAGUCACGGAUAAGAGAGAUACAGGGCGGAAUCAUGCUUGCGUCAGUAACACAGGUUUUCAUUGGCUGUACUGGACUUCUAGGAAUCCUCCUACGUUAUAUCGGACCAAUCACUAUAGUCCCUACAAUCACCCUAGUCGGUUUAUCGCUAAUUGACGUGGCAAUCCGCUACUGUGAGAAACAGUGGGGGAUAUCAGGUCUAACUAUUGGCUUGGUCUUCAUCUUCUCCCUUUAUCUACGUAAUAUUGUUGUUCCGACGCCAUCAUGGAGCCGACGCAAGGGGUGUCAUGUGAUAAAGUUUCCAUAUUUCAAACUACUUCCGGUGUUGCUAGCCGUAGGUCUGUCCUGGAGUUUAUGUGGAAUUUUAACGGAAACGGAAGUAUUCUCCUCAAACAGUUCACUUCCGGAAUACUGGGCAAGGACUGACGCUAGAACUCACGUUCUGUAUUCUACAGAGUGGCUGUUUUUUCCAUAUCCAUGUCAGUGGGGAUUGCCGACGGUCAGUAUCGCUAGCUUCAUGGCCAUGUUGGCAGCUACUGUAACGUCGAUUAUUGAAUCGGUUGGAGACUACUAUGCAUGUGCCAGAGUGUCCGGGGCUGCUCCCCCUCCAGCGCACGCAGUUAACCGCGGCAUUGCCAUUGAAGGGUUCGGGAGCAUUCUGUCAGGGUUAGUUGGAUCUGGUGGGGCCACGACAUCCUACAGUCAGAACAUCGGUGCAAUUGGCUUCACAAAGGUAGCCAGUCGCGGAGUGUUUGUGGCAGCGGGAAUCAUUUUUCUACUCAGUGGGGUGUUCGGUAAAUUUGGCGCGAUCCUUGUUAUGCUUCCGGAUCCAGUUUUGGGUGGUAUAGUCGUCAUCAGUUUUGGAAUGGUGACGUCAGUGGGACUGUCUAACUUACAGUUCGUGGACUUAUCGUCCGGCCGUAAUCUGUGUAUCAUUGGUUCCUCACUCAUAAUCGGACUGAUGGUGCCUAAGUACCUGAAUGACAACCCUGGAGUUAUUAACACAGGUAUAAACGAGUUGGAUCAGGCUCUGGUGGUAUUAUUGAGCACGGCCAUGUUUGUUGGGGGCAUGCUGGCGUUUAUCCUUGAUAACACAGUUUCGGGAACAGACGAGGAGAGAGGAAUACUGCUUUGGCGAUGUCAGAUCUCCUCUACAUCCGUUGAUAGAAAGGAUGUCACAGAGGAGUCGACAGUCAACCCACUGGCUCUUUACGAUCUUCCAUUAAUAACACCCCUCCUACACAGAAUAAAAUGGUGUAGAUUUGUGCCAUUCAUGUCUACGUUUGAAUAUGACAGUUUGUCAAAAGACACGUGUUGUACGGACAGUGACGGCACCAUCGAUCAACAACAUACAUUAAAGUCAAACGAAAACAAUAGUAAUGACAGCUAAAAUCCCAUGUUAAUCUGCAGCAUUUAAAGACGAUGAAGCCAUUCCGACCUAUUGAAUUUUGUACAUAGGAUGUUGAACGGCAUAAAUUCCAUUAUCCUGUCAGUAAUAGUAACCAGAUAUUGAGUCACGCCAGGUGCAGGAUUACGAGAGUUGUGUUCCUUCCACGUAGCGACGUGUUUCUAGCUGUAAACUUGGUGUAUGUAGUAGGCUGUACACACAUUGUCAUUAGCAUGUUGAUUUGGGGUGCUUUAUUGAACAUUUAUAACGUAAAUCUGAUUUAUGAGGGUUUUACUCCAUCUGAUACAGUAGGAACUUUGUUAUUUCAUGUGGUAAAUCAGUCAAUGUAAGAUUGCUUGUGAGUGUUGGAACAUUGUAUCAUAAUGUAUCCGUUAACUUACUGUUCCUCCCGUCCUAUGUAAAUGAAAUAACUUUCCCUGUUUCUAUAGAACAAAGUUAGUUUCUGUAUUUACAUGUAACCUUAGGAACGCUGUUUAGGAAAGAUUCCGAACAUAUUGUUCAUCUGUAAAAUAUAUAUGCACUAGUGAGACUAUCAUUUGCUCGUGUGGAUGGUAAGUGAUGUGAUGGCAGGGAUUGCGGGACGAUGACACAGCGGAUUGAAGUAUGCAGUGAAAAUGUGGGUCGUAUAUCUAACGUACGGUAAUACAACUCCAGUAUAAAUAGAUACACAAAUGUAGGCCAGAACUCAUGUACAUACCCAGUACAUGUCCUUAUCCAGUAACUGGUGACAUUUACAUUUCAGUUUCUAAUAUCAAACAAAAUUCCACACACAAUGUAAAAUAACAAAUGGAAUUGUGGUAUCACAUCUCAUUUCUAGUCGUUUUUUGAGUUAAUUAAUUCCGUAAAGUCCAGUAUGACUUUUCGAUAUUUUUUUUAUUCAGACAGAAAUUUUCAUAUACAUAAAUAUACACAAAAACACACACCUGUA